CUACGGCUCCCACGCUCCUAUCAAGCUUAUAUAAAGCAAGGACAGAGCUACAAAGCCUCGUCAAUUAUUAACCGCUAUGGCGACCUACAAGGACAGCGAUAGCCUCAGCGACCGCCGCUUCAAGGGCAGCGAGCACGAGCAGCACGAGCACGCCGGCGGCGGCGCCCUCGGCCGCCGCCUCAGCACGGGCGUGACCGCCGACGACGUGCUCAACCCGCUGACGGGCAUGCCGCGCGACCAGCUGCUCGCCGAGGCCGACGCGUUCAUCGACAACUUCGGCUUCCAGGAGGACCGCGACGUGUUCCGCCGUGGAGCGCUCGUCGCCCAGCGCCCGAAGCAGUUCGAGACCAUCGACGGCCUUGACGAGGAGGACCGCGCUAGCCUCGCGUCCGAGCGCGACCACAUCUGGCGCCAGCCGCGCGCCCUCAUCGUCUCGGUAAUUGUUUGUGCGCUCGGUGCAGCCACUCAGGGCUGGGACCAGACUGGUUCCAACGGCGCGAAUCUCUCAUUCCCCGCCGAGUUCGGCAUCGGCGCCGCCGAGGGCGAGCCUGGCUGGCAAGAGGACGAGUGGACCGUCGGUCUCGUCAAUGGCUCAGUGUACCUCUCGGCUGCAUUCAUCGGAUGCUGGAUCUCGGACCCCCUGAACCACUGGUUUGGCCGCCGCGGCGAAAUUUUCAUUACUGGUAUCAUCCUCAUCGCUACCCCGAUCGCUUCCGGCUUCACCCACACAUGGGAGGAGCUCAUGGCUGUCCGUCUGAUUAUGGGAAUCGGUGUCGGUGCGAAGGCGGCCACUGUGGCAAUGUACUGUGCUGAGCUAUCGCCCGCGCGCAUCCGCGGCGCUCUAACCAUGGGCUGGCAGCUGUGGACGGCCUUCGGCAUCUUCCUAGGCUUCUGUGCCAACGCCGCCGUCAUGAACACCGGCAAGAUUGCAUGGCGUCUUCAGCUCGGCUCCGCCUUCAUCCCCGCCGUGCCCCUCACCCUCUUCGUCUACUGCUGCCCCGAGUCGCCGCGUUGGUACAUGAAGAAGGGCCGGAUGGGGGAUGCGUGGAAGGCGAUGAAGCGUCUCCGCCACACUGAGCUCCAGGCCGCCCGUGACCUGUUCUACGCCUACGUUCUGUACGCCGAGGAGCAAAAGAUCGUCCAGGGCCGCACAUACAUGUCGCGCUUGAUCGAGCUUUUCACCAUCCCGCGCUGUCGGCGCGCGACUGUCGCGGCCUCCGUCGUGAUGAUCGGCCAGCAGAUGUGCGGCAUCAACAUCAUGGCGUUCUACUCGUCGACAAUCUUCAAGCGCGGUGGCUUCAGCGACAAGCAAGCGCUUUUCGCCUCCAUCGGUUUCGGUGCCCUCAACUUCGUCUUCGCCAUCCCCGCCGUUUUCACCAUCGACACAUAUGGCCGCCGCUCGCUCCUGCUCACCACCUUCCCGAUCAUGUGCAUCACCCUCCUCAUCGGCGGCUUCAUGUUCCUCAUCGAAAACAUCAAGGUGUCUACCGGUCUUGUCGCCCUCUUCGUAUACCUCUUCACCAUCGCCUACUCCGUCGGCGAGGGUCCUGUGCCCUUCAUGUACUCGGCCGAGGUGUUCCCCCUCCCCCAGCGUGAGCAGGGGAUGGCCUGGGCCGUGUUCUUCAACAACUUCUGGGGCGCUGUCCUCUCCUUCACCUUCCCGGUCAUGCUUCGUGCUUUCACGCCUACGGGCGCCUUUGGCUUCUACGCCGGCAUGAACGCGCUGGCGUUUAUCAUGAUUUUCCUCUGGGUCCCGGAGACCAAGCAGCUCACUCUCGAGGAGCUCGACCAGACGUUUGGCGUGCCGACCAACACUUUCAUCAGGCACAACACUCGUACCGUGCUUCCGUGGUGGUUCAAGCGUUACAUUCUCCGAAAGAACGUUGGCCCAUGUGAGCCCAUCCAGAUCGAGCGCCCGCGCCGCAACUCCCUUGUCCAGACGUUCUCGCGCGAGAAGCCCAUCGGCGACUACAACAAGGUUUCCACCCAAGCUACCCCGCCUGUGUGAUAUCUUUAGCGAUUUUAAGCGAAGUGACAUACCGUUAAGUUGAUAAUGCAAGUUGUCGAUGUGAAGUGGGGUGCAUGGUUUUGA